GUAACAAGUCCUAACAACGUUUACAUUAGUAGUCUCCGUGAACUUAUCCGCCUUUACUCCCACAUAUGACCGCCGUGAAAAUAACUCCGUCGGCGAUUUCACUUCACGCCACCAUCAAACAAUUCGCCGACCUUCAUCGCUUCCCCAGAUCCCGGAAUAUUCUCCCCGUCCGCCCGACCCGACACAGAAGAGGUCUCGCCGUCUCCGCAAUGUCUCCGGCAACGGACCCUGUUGAAGUCUGCGCUAAAGCUUCCGUUACCGUUCCGAACAGGCUUGGCGACUGUCCAUUCACUCAAAGAAUUCUGCUGACUUUGGAGGAAAAGCAUCUUCCAUACAACUUGAAGCUGAUUGACUUGCGCAACAAACCAGAGUGGUUUUUUGAAGUAAGCCCAGAGGGUAAGGUUCCUGUUGUUAAGCUCGAUGAGAAAUGGAUUCCAGAUUCAGAUGUCAUCACACAGGCUCUGGAAGAGAAGUUUCCUGAUCCGUCACUGAUAACACCUCCAGAAAGGGCUUCUGUUGGAUCAAAGAUCUUCUCCAAGUUUAUUGGUUUUCUGAAAAGCAAAGACACAGGUGAUCAAACGGAGCAGGCUUUAUUAGAAGAACUGACUGCUUUUGAUGAUUACCUUAAAGAAAAUGGCCCAUUCAUCAACGGUAAAGAGGUGUCUGCUGCGGACUUGUCUGUGGGACCAAAGCUGUUCCACAUGGAAAUUGCUCUGGGGUACUACAAGAAGUGGUCAGUCCCCGAUUCACUUGUCUAUGUGAAGUCGUACAUGAAGACCAUAUUCUCCCGGGACUCCUUUGUCAAAACAAGGGCUUUGACGGAUGAUGUCAUUGAAGGCUGGAGAUCAAAAGUCGAGGGGUAGAUCGGGUACGUUUUCCGGAUCUGAUUACAACCCGAGUCAUGUGCACGUACCAGUUAGCAACCCCACCGUGUUUCACUCAUUUUGUUUAUGGUGUUUGAGAAUAAAAAAUGCAAACUUGGACACAUUGUGUUAUUUGGAGAAAUAUGGGUGAGCUUGAUAAUUUAGACUGCAAAAACCUCCGACAUAUGCACAUUUACUAGUCAAACAAUACUCAUUUCGCAU